AUGAAGUUAUUUUCUUCUACUACUACUUUAAUUGGCUUCAUUAGGAUAGCUAUUAUUGCCUUAGCUCAUGUUGUUGUUGUUGCUAAUGCAGCCAAUGUGACAUAUUCAGUCGUCGCUUUCCCCGGUAAAAAUGAAAUGGUAGCUGUUCAUAUAAAUGGAACAAACUAUCCUCUUCGAACAAGUCCAUUAAGUGCUAACCUUUUCACUGGAUCUGCUCCCUUUGGUUCUAAUUAUCAAUAUGUUUAUUUGGCGCCGGGCGAUAAACAAAGACCCGAGUCUACUGUUCGUCAUUUGACUAAUACUUCUAUUACAUCUACUGGAAAUGAAUUCUUUAAUCGAUCUAAAACUAUUUAUGAUGUUCCAGAGCUUCCUCGUGCUUUUAAUCCUAUUUAUCCUGCACUUCAUAGUGGUCUAGGCAAAUCAAAUGAAAUUUCUACUAUACUUUUAAAUGUUGAUUUCAAAAGUCUACAAAAAAUUCUUAAAGCUCCUUUAAAGGAACAUAAAUUUGCUGAAGUAUAUAAUAUGACUUUUAUCUCUCAUAAUGAAGUCUUCAAUUAUCAAGGCGCAGGUAUCAAGAAUAGUGGCCAAUCAUCUAGAGAGUUUGCUAAACAAUCCUUCAAGAUUAAAUUCAAUAAAUUUAAUAAUGCCACAAGGGAUGAACUUUAUGGUCGUCGUGCUCUCAAGUUACGCGCAGAGGCUACAGAUCCUAGUAUGGCCAGAGAAAAGUUAUUAUUAGAUUCCUUGAAUGCGGCUGGUGCUGCAACAUUGAGCGGCGAUUGGGUUCGUUUAUUUGUCAAUAAUAAACCCUUUGGCUUAUAUCUCAUGAUAGAUGAAACAUAUAAGGGCUUUACUGAAAACCUUCUUCAUGGUGGCAACGUAACUGAGGGCACUGGCGUGACGUUUAAAUGUAAUGCGAUCGAUCAUAAAAGGGAAGCCAAUCUUGUCUAUCAUGGUAAUAAUAAUGCAAGCUAUGACUUUGAGGAUGUCUACAUCUUUGAUAAUGAAGGCAGAGAUAAGAAUAUCACAAAGGAUCAUUAUACAGCUCCUAUCAUUGACUUUAUGAGUAGAUUGAAUCAAACGACGAUCCCUGGUAGUAAUGUGACUAUUACUGACUUGGUCGACAGUGCUGAAAAUACCAUGAUUCAUAUCGCCUUAAGUUUCUUGACCGGGUCCUGGGAUGGCUUCUGGUAUCAAGCUAGUAACUUUUAUUUGAAUCAAAACUGGCAAACAACGAAAUGGUACUUGAUCACUUAUGAUUUUGAUGAAACCUUUGGUAACGGACUUGAGGUCCCCGAACUAAUGACAACCCCUUAUCAAAACUAUUCUCGUCCUGGCUCUCAACGUCCUCUUGUCGAUGCAUUCAUCAAAUCUCCUUAUUAUGAACCCAAAUUCCGAGACAUCCUCAAAACCAUCGUUCAAACUUUCUUUAAUCCUCGUGUGAUAAAACCUAGACUUGAGGCAUGGAUGGAGAUGUUAAAAGAAGAUAUGGAAUGGGACUCAAGUCUUCCUUAUCGUUCCCCUGGCCAAAAGAGUCAUUUUAAUGUCAACAAUAUGUUGACUACUUCGCAUGGUACCAUCGGUGUCCUUGAAUGGAUCUCUAAUCGUACUAACGCUCUUUCUCAUCAACUUAAUUUCACAUAUACUGCUAACAACUAA